UCGCGGACCUCGAUACACAACAGAGGUCGAAGGGGGCAUCGAUUCUCUCUCUGUUGCCUCUCUCCUCUUUCUUCUAUCUUUGCCUCUACAAAUCGCAGUGUCAUUAUCUCGCAUUAUUAUCGUUACGAUCCAAGGCCCCCGCGAAGUUUCAAGUGUGCUUCUGUUGGUUACUUUUCCUCUUUUCUUCGUAUAGUUGGUUUUUGUUUUUUUUUUUUUCCCUUCCAAUUUUACCUCCGUCAUCCUUACCCGAAGUAAACACGAGAACGUACCGCACAUCGAAAGUCAUGCGGUUCCAAUAUUUCGCCGGGGCAUUGGUGCUGCUCCUCAGCUGCCUGCAUGAUUACGUUGAAGCCGCGAACAACUGUCCAAGAAUAUGCCCGCCGAGUGGAGAACCGGUAUGCGGGAGCGACGACGUGAUCUACGCCUCGCAAUGCGAUAUGCGGAAAAAGAUGUGCGGAAAAGGGGUAACAAUUGCGAAGGAGAAAACUGCGUGCCUCAGAUCGGCCGGUAGCAAAUGCGAACAUCAUUGUCCGGGUGAUUCGGACGCCGUGUGCGGCACCGACGGAAGAACGUAUUUGAACAAGUGCAUGUUGAGGGUCGAAAUAUGUAGAGUCGGCAUCGAACUCUCCCAUUUGGGACCGUGCAACAAUAUUUCCGCCCACAGGGAGAACUGUCCGGUUUCGUGCGAACAGGCGCCCCUUGACGGACCCGUUUGCGGCAGCGACGGAAACGUUUACAAAUCUACCUGCCAGAUGAAACUUCUUACCUGCGGACAAGGGGUCGUUAGAACGAACAAGAAACACUGUCAAACUACGAGACAUUGCAGAGAAUCGUGUUGGCGAGGUGCCAAACCGGCAUGCGGAAGCGACGGAAUUCUUUACUCGAACACUUGCAAAAUGCGUGCUAAAAAUUGCGGGAAACACGUGUUUGAGGUACCAAUGUCUUUCUGCGUCUCUCGGGAGAGGACUGCCGGAGGUGGUGCGGUCACAGCCUGUCCGUUGGACUGCCAAGGCGAACCAGAAACGCUGAUUUGUGGGUCCGACGGUGGAAUUUAUCGUAACGAGUGCGAAAUGCAAAUGCUCAAUUGUGGCCAAUCCAGAAGGAAGGUGACGGAAGUCGAUUUCGAGAAGUGCCGAACACGGCUGAACAAGUGCAUGAAACAACAGCAGAGAUGCGGCGAUGAAGUUGAUCCAGUUUGCGGAAGCGAUGCCAAUACGUACACCAAUCAGUGCAGACUGAACGUGGCAAUUUGCCUGAAAGGAAUUCAGAUGGCUCACGUCGGCGAAUGUACGACGCUAAAGGAAGCGGAAUAUUGUCCCGAAGACUGCAGCGAAGUUCCCGAGGAACCUGUCUGCGGAAGUGACGGUAACGUCUACAGAUCGAUGUGCCAUUUGCGAAAAGACACCUGCGGGCAACGCGUUGUUGCGGUCCCGGCACAGCACUGCCGGACUACCGCACUUUGCAAUCAAGUAUGCGGCGGAGAUCGCCAAUUCGUCUGUGGAUCGGAUAACAAACUCUACAGAAACGAGUGCGAAAUGAAACGCGAUAACUGCGGGAAGCACGUUUACGUGGUGCCGAUGAAACGGUGUCUUCAAGGAUUCUCUUUCCGAGGAUGUCAAAAAAUUUGUCCUCCCUACUACGACCCCGUCUGCGGUACGGACGAUAUGACGUACAGCAACGAGUGUUUCUUGGAGAUAGAAAAUUGCCGUAGCCGAAGUUUAGUAACAAAGAAAUACCACGGAGUAUGCGGACAGCCGACAGAGGAGCCAAAAAAUUAUCUUUACUAGGUCGCGACCAGCUUGAGGGAGAAUAUCGAAGGCGAAUCGUAUAGAGUUAUGGAAUGAAUUUAUGCAUAUCGAUAUGACUGCCAACUAUUCACAUACCCAUUAUAGGUAUUCACACGUUCGAAAAUUUAUCUGGGUAAUCGUAUGAGCGGUUCCAGAAUUUUUUAAACAGCAGUAAGCUCAAGCUCAUCACCUUCCAUCUACUAUAAAGAUAAAUUACGUAUUUUUUAUUUUCUAUUUAAAAAAUAAUCAUACAUUCAAAAUACGCGUGUAUUAUAAUAAUUUCGUACGUCUUUUACGGACGCAAUGUGCCAAGGAUGAGCUUUCCGUGAAAUCGCAAUACCUAUUACAUCAAAUACUUUUAUGAAAUAUAUUUCGAUCCAACUGUUAUUUAUUUUAGUAAAGGUACUGAAUACAUUAGAAUUUAGUCUUUUCUAAUUAGUUCAUCAUUACAUAAUAUCCUUAUAUUAAUAUUUUUGAUAUACUACCGCACCCUACUAUUACAGUAUAAAUAAUACACCUUCAUCCAGAACAGUAGUGUAUCCGAGUACACUUAAAGAGAAAAAAAAAAAAAACUACAAUUUAAUUUCUGAAAAAUGACCAUUUACGUUUUUCUAUCAAAUAUGUGAUGCGUGUUUAUAUUAUAUUAUUGUAUUUUUCUAUUUAUUAUUAAAGAUAUGAAAAAACUCUUA